GUUCCAUGUGGAACUGUCCUCCAGGGUCGGGAUUUCGCAGUGCCCGAGAUUUGCAACGGGAGGAGCUCCGCCAUCGCCAUAGCUGGGUGCCGCUGCUGUCAGCUGGGUCGGUUCGGAAGCGUCUGUGGCCAUGGCGAUGGCCAUAUCUGCUGCUGGUGCUGCCACUCGCACUGCCAAUAUUGCCUUAGUGCCUCCGCAGUCGCUUCUUGCUCGCGCGCAUGUCCAGUGUACCGUGAUUGGAGCAGUCUGGAAGCAGAGGAGUGGACCCGUUUCGGCGCAGUUCUGUGCUGCACCUCGAAAGCCGCCUCUUGGUGCUUGUAACAAAUGUGUGCCGUUUGUGCAUCCUUCAGUAUGUUCGCUAUCAGUCUCUGAACUGCAUUGCUUCCUUGGAAUUGCACCGCAUGAGCACUGGCGCUCAGCACGACAGGUUCUAGUCCACGCUCAAGCCGAGGAAACAGAAGAAAUGGACGCAGCAGAGGACGUAGACAUUUGUGAGCUCGUGAAUGGUUUCGACGUCCAGAUCGGUGACGAAGGCGAAGUGUCGGGCUUCUAUAUCCAGGCACUCAAGAAUAAUAAUGGUGCUGGAAUUCUCCUGUUGCCGGAUAUUUUUGGUUGGGAAAGCAGCGCUACACGAGAUAUUGCUAACCAGUUAGGCUGCUUUGGUUACAACGUGUUAGUUCUUGAUCUCUUCCGCGGAAAUUCAUGGAAGGAAGGCGUUUCACAGGCCAGCGGAGAUUUCGAGGCAUGGCGCAGCAGCCAUACCAACAUCGCCAAGGACAUUGAUGCGGCGUCUCGGUGGCUGAAAGCCGCCGUCGAUGAACAAGGUCAUGCCAUCGAUCCAAACAGCAAACCCAAGUGUGCUAUCGUAGGGUUUUGCAUCGGCGGAGGGCUGGCCAUCCAAACCAUCGCCAGAUACGGCUCCAUUACGACUGAAGAAGAGGUUCCCAAUCCAUUCUCAGCAGCAGUGUCGUUCUACGGCACACGGAUCAAUUUGCAACCAGAGCAAAUCCGGAACAUCAAAUCUUCCCUCAUGAUGAUCACUGGAGACCUCGAUCCCAGUUCGCCGGUACAAGGGUGUGAGGAUAUCGUCGCCCUGCUCGAUGAUGCUGAGGUCGUUGUGUAUCCUGGACGGGGCCAUGGAUUUGCGCACAGGCCUAAAUCUCUGGAAGACGACGAGGCGGCGGAGGUUGCGUUCAGCACCAUGAUGAAGUGGCUCAAGAGGAGGUUGCUCACCGCUUGACACUCCUGGUUGACUAUUGACCCUUCUUGUUCAUAGCAUACUACCCUUCAUUAAAUCUACUGACCCCGUUUCGGCGAUCUGUAUAUGAAGUUAGGUCGGUGUCGGUGAGUGAGGACAUCUAGUGCAUCGUGAAAUCGAGAAUUCUUGCGGGGCCCGCGUUUUUGGCUUUGCUGCACAUUCCCCACCCUCCAUCAUCCUUUGUUCACAGUGUUGAUUAAUGACUUGUGAGAAGAUCAUUUCUUGGAGAGUUUGUUCCAGUGACCAAGUCUUGUUGAUGAUGUAUGUUCUCAUUCGCACUGAAAAAGCUUGGUUCAAAUUUCAAUUAUGUAGUUUAUUAAAGUGUAGUUGUGGAAUCUUGUAUCAGUAGGUACAUCUACAGAUAAAGAAAUGUAGAUUAUGUGUAUUUACAAUAGAAAAAAUCCACUUAUCAAGCUAAAAGAUUGUUAGAAUCAUUUAUUGCUAUUGAAGCAUUUCACAAUACAAAACAUUGGUUGUAGAU